AGUAAACAAAAGCAUGUGACACUUCGUCAGGCUGUUAUCACCGGGAUUCCGUUUCGUUAGAUCUGCCAGUACAGCACCGUUCAAAACAGAAGAAGUAAAAGUAAUUUGUCAAAAUGGCAAAUUAUGGUGCCCCAGGUGGUGCCUAUCCACCAUAUCAACAGCAACCACCUGCUGGCUACCCACCUGGUCCAUACCCACAGCAGCCUGGAGGUGGGUACCCUCCUGGUCCAUACCCACCACAACAACCACCACCACCACCAGGUGCUUACCAGCCAGGGCCCUACCAGCCACCACCUGCUGGGUGGAACCAAGGUCCACCACCUGGUGCUUACCCGCAAGGAUACCAACAACAACCAACUAGUGUGGUGUACGUGGAUGAUCACCACCAUAAGCGGCGGGAUGAUGCAGAGGACUGUUGCCUGUGUGCCUGCUUAGCCUGUCUCUGGACUUGUCUCUGUUGUUGUUGUCUAGAGGCGAUGAACUAGUGGGAUCAGAAACAAAUGAAAAAUAUUCAUGUUACAAAGGGAUGGAUUAUGUGGAAUAUGUAAAUGAAUGAUUAUGGAAUAUGUAAAUGAAUGAUAUUCAAACUUCACAGUAGCCUGUUCUAGUUUGUCCAUUCCAGAAUACAAACAAUGCAGGUUUAUUUGUAAGUAACUCACAUAUAAAUAAAACAAUGAUCUACAUUCAGCAAGUGCCUUAAAAUCUGCAUAUUUAAAGAUGUUGAGUGCAAUAUUAGAAAAGCAAUCACUUUCAUGUAACAGACUAUGAAAAGGAAAAUAUAUUUAUCAUUAUGUAUUUAAAAAAGGUAUUUCUACAAUUUUUGUGCAUUUUCACAACUAACGUAGACAGCCCCUACUGUUCAUAAUUACCUUUGGUAUCUUUUGCAUCACCCAUGGUUAUAUUAGUGCACUUUAGGUAGCAGUGUUGGCUCCUUUCACUAAAUAUAUAUCCAUUCCUGUACCUGCAGAUUGUACGCAUUUUGGUGCUUGCAUUUUUUCACUAAAAAUCAUGACAACCGGACUAGUUGAAGCAAGGAUUGAUACGAAAAUGUAAAUAGCACUGUCUACAGUUACUAUUUUUAGACUAGAAAAUUAUUCAGGAAGUGAUAGCUACUUCAUUAAAAAGUGUUUAUUAUUAUAUAUGUUAUAUAUAUAUUUUUUUAUUCAUGGUAUUGUUAUGAUUAUGUUGAUGUAAAAAAAUGUAUAUUUUCUUUGGUUGAGAAAAUGAAAACGAAAUGCACUUAAUUCGUUUUGUCCACUUCUUUAUUUAAAUGAAUUGUAGAAAAGGCCUUUAUGUUUACAUCUUUUUAAUAAAAUGAGAUUGGACACGAAAUGACCCCUUUGAAAAAGGAAAAGAAAAACCUUGUAUUGAGGGAAAGUUGUCCAUGUUUCAUAUAAAAUUGCAUACAAUAGUUGGGUCUAUAAAGACUAUUCAAUAUAUAGGUUAAUUAUCUUGUCUGACACCUACUGAUAGAAGUUUGAAUGUGCACAGGUGCACAUACUCUCAUAAGACAGUUGCUUCACACUAACAUAAUAUCAUUUGCAGUCUUAUAAGUCAAAUGCAAAUAGCAAUAUAUGACAUGACACUAGUAUCAAAGACUUCUUGUGGGGAAAAUGUGAAAGAAAUGUUAUUGGGCAAUUGAUAAACUGAGAUGCCUUUGGGAAUCACUACAUUUUCCUCAGUGGUAUUAAUUCCACAAGCAACACAGUUUUUGACCUCAAACUAGGUAGCAGAACUGAGAAAUCUCUUCUUACUUAUAAAAAAAAAA